UUGGAUUCUGAAAACAACUGAAAAUCAUGCGAAACUGUCUUAUCAUUGCCAUUACUUUACCUCAUUCCUUCGCUCUCUCUUUCCUCCUCUUUUCAUCUUCCAGCUUCUGAACUCCCUAUAUAUACCAUUACCAUCUUUUCUUUUCUUUUCAUUCUCAUUAUUAUUAUCUUUGUUCUGUAUUUCACAACCAAGUACUGAACUUCUCUGGUUGUAUUGAGGAGAAUCCUCUUUUCAUUCUCAUUGUUUGUGUUGGAGGUUUAGUGAGGAUGGGACAAGUGUUUGGUUGCGUGCAAGUGGAUCAGUCAAGUGUGGCAAUCAAGGAAGGGUUCGGGAAGUACAAUGAUGUUCUUGACCCUGGUUGCCACUGUGUGCCUUGGUGUUUCGGCAGUCGUGUGGCUGGUGCCCUUUCUUUGCGUGUCAAACAGCUCGAUGUUCGCUGUGAAACUAAGACAAAGGACAAUGUCUUUGUUACUGUGGUUGCUUCUAUCCAAUAUCGAGUAUUGGCAGAAAAGGCAGUGGAUGCUUAUUACAAACUCAGCAAUACCAGUGCACAGAUACAAUCCUAUGUCUUUGAUGUUAUCAGAGCAAGCGUUCCAAGGAUGGAACUAGAUGCUACUUUUGAGCAGAAGAAUGAUAUUGCAAAAGCUGUGGAGGAAGAACUUGAAAAGGCUAUGUCAGCUUAUGGGUACGAGAUAGUUCAGACUCUUAUUGUGGAUAUUGAGCCAGAUGAGCAUGUAAAGAAAGCCAUGAAUGAGAUAAAUGCUGCUGCAAGAUUGAGGGUGGCUGCAAACGAGAAAGCAGAAGCAGAGAAGAUAUUGCAGAUCAAGCGAGCAGAAGGCGAUGCAGAAUCAAAGUACUUAGCAGGGCUUGGCGUUGCUCGUCAGCGCCAAGCCAUAGUAGAUGGACUGAGGGACAGUGUGCUUGCUUUCUCUGAGAAUGUGCCUGGCACAACAUCAAAGGAUAUCAUGGACAUGGUUCUCAUGACCCAAUACUUUGACACAAUGAAGGACAUUGGUGCAUCCUCAAAAUCCAAUGCUGUUUUCAUUCCACACGGACCUGGUGCUGUAAAUGAUGUUGCUUCACAAAUCAGGGAUGGUCUUCUCCAAGGAAAUGCAACACUGUCUUGAAGACUUGCAUAUUAUACCUCUACUCUAGUAGUUUAAAGUUUAAACAGCUUCACAACUAUGUGCAUAAGCACUUAAAAGUAAACAAAACUGUCUUGCAAAUAGAAGUUAUAUUAUUGGUGGUUUGUGUUUGUUUUAAUGUUAUGUUAUGUAGAGUUAUCCUUGGCUUUGUCUACUAUCAGAGUUAGCCUUUGAGAAGCCUCGACUACAGAAUGUGCACUCACAAAACCUUUGGGCUUUGGUUAGGUUUAUGAAGGUGCUGGCCUUCUUAUAAGUUUGUGAAAUUUAUUAAAAAUAAAUCAUAAAUUUUUAAUGUAAUGAUUUGAGUUUGAGUUUUAAAUAUGUAGUUGGUUAUAUACUAUAUAAAAAAAUUCAAAAUAUAUAAAUAUUGACCUA